AUGUACGGCUUUUACUGGGCAGUGAUAUCUGUGGACAGGGGUCGCAUAUUCCUCGACUUCAACUACCCGUCCCGAUCCGAUACGUCACCGCAAACAUUAUGGUACCUUUAUCUGGGCUGGCUGUUUAUGAUAUCCCGGCUUAUGGACUUAUUGGACACAGUUUUCAUGGUAUUACGCAAAAGGGACUUGCAAAUAAGUGCCUUGCACAUGUACCAUCAUACAGUGGUACCGGUGUUAUGUUGGGUAUCAUUUAAAUACAACGCAAUGAUACCCAUAAUCCGGAUGUUUGUGUUGAUCAACACCGGUAUCCAUACCCUUAUGUACGGGUACUACGCGUUGGCGGCGUUAGGGCCAAGAGUUAGGCCAUACCUGCAAUGGAAGCGCUACCUAACUGUCCUACAAAUCGCACAGUUUGUCAUUUGCGGACCCAAACUGAUGGCAAACCGGAAGCCGUUUAGCUUACGAUGGCUUAUGUUUGCCUACAAUGUACUGAUGGCCGGCACUAACGCUUUCUUUUUCUUACUGUCCAUCAAAUGGCUGGACAACGGACGGCGACUACUGGAGUUCCAAUUCCCUUCCCGCGACGAUACCAGCCCUCAAACCCUGAGAUACAUCGACGUGGGAAUGGCCUACGGGUGCACCAAAUUCAUAGACUUAUUGGACACCAUAUUCCUGGUGUUACGCAAAAAGGAGUCUCACCUGACAUUCCUGCACCUCUACCACCACUUCAUGGUCCCCAUACUGACCUGGCUGACAAUGAAGUUUGCGCCUACCUGUCCACCAACAGCCAUCUUUGCCGUACUCAACACACCCGUCCACACAAUGAUGUACUCGUAUUACGCGUUGUCGGCGUUGGGACCGACUGUCCACCGGUUCUUGUGGUGGAAA